AUGGCAUCUCUGAAAAGAGUGUGGCACGGCGCAGUGGCGCGGCUGAGCCAGAGGAAGCCGCACUUUGACUUCAUCACAUCCCAUUACAUUGUUAUCAUCAGCGGUGUCAUAUUGGGAUCGAUUCUCAUGUACGCUUCUAGAGGAGCCGAUGUCGUGUACAUUGAUGCUCUCCUGUUUGCCAGUGGUGCGAAUACACAAGCUGGCCUCAACCCUGUGGACCUCAACAAGCUCAACACGUUCCAGCAGAUCGUCAUGUACAUCAUUCCCAUGCUGACCAACCCCAUUACACUCCACGGGUCGGUUGUGGUGCUUCGACUAUACUGGUUUGAGAAGCGCUUCCGAACCGUGGUCAAGGAUGCCAUGAAGCGGAGGACCACAUUGACCAAGUCACGGUCCAAGGCCCGUGGCGAAGACGCACCUGAUUUGGAGGAAGGGGUCAACGGAAGGGACAUUACUGUUGUCCCUCGAGAAGGCGAUAGGUCACCACGGGUGACGAAUGACGGGAUUCUCCUCGAAGACGACCCUCACCUGCCCAAGGCGGUCCACAGCUCGGACGGCAGCGACUCUACCAACGUAUCGGACGGCCACGGGCAGCACGUUGAAGGCCUGCCGGCGCCGGCCGUGGCCACAGAGCCGGAGACGACCAACGAAGGGACCGGUCUGCAACAGGCCGUCACCUUUGCCGACACUGUCAAGAGGAGCGACGGAGUCGAGGACGACCCAAUCAACUACUUGCGAACCCAUCCGUUUGACAACACGGAACACAUUGCCAUCCUGGAACGCCAACGCGCUCAGGACAACGAGGUCCUGCGCAUCCCUGGCCCCCGCGACGCGGAGAGGGGCAUCUGCCCCCGGAGGCUCGACGACGGGGAGGACAAUGAGGAGAGCAAUCCUCUGAGCAACAUCCGGACGCGCGAUUCCAGGCUGCGGAGCUCGACCCUCAACUCGCGCCACAUCCCCCGCAACCCCACCAUCACCAUUGAGGAGCCGCACCACCCCAAGCUCGAGCGCGCCGAGGAGAACGCGGCGGCUGCGACCGGCACGAUGGACGCUCUGCGGAUGCGCAAACCACGCGCCCUCAAUAACUCGGGCCAGCACAAGACGCACGAGGAUGGCGACGAGCGUCGUGGCCGGUCGGCCACACGCGCCGUCCGGACCAGGACGUUUGACACCAUCAAGUCCGCCCUCACCCGCGACAAGAUGGACGACAUGCCGUACCUCAGCUACACACCCACCAUGGGCCGCAACUCCAACUUUGUCGGCCUGACGCUCGAGCAGCGCGAGGAGCUGGGCGGCAUCGAGUACCGCUCCCUGCGCACGCUCAUGUUCAUCCUGCUCAUCUACUUCUGGGGCUUCCAGGUCUUGGCCGUGACCUUUUUGCUGCCGUACAUUCUCCACAAGCCAGAGUACGGCGACGUGGUGAGCGCCGCCGGCGUCUCCCGCACCUGGUGGGGCUUCUUCACGGCCAGCGGCGCCUUUAUGGACCUUGGCUUCGCCCUCACGCCCGACAGCAUGGCCUCCUUUUCCACCUCGGACUACGUGCUCAUGAUCAUGUGGUUCUUCAUCAUCAUCGGCAACACGGGCUUCCCCGUCAUGCUGCGCUUCCUCAUCUGGGCCUUUGCCAAGGUCGUGCCCAAGGGCUCCGGGCUGUGGGAGGAGCUGCGUUUCCUCCUGGACCACCCUCGUCGAUGCUUCACCCUCCUCUUCCCCUCGGCCGCCAACUGGUGGCUGUUUGGGAUCCUCGUCAUUCUCAACGUCGUGGACCUGGUCUUCUUCAUCAUCCUCGAUCUCAACUCCACCGUCGUGGAGGCUCUGCCGGUCCAUACACGCGUCGUCAAUGGCCUGUUCCAAGCGGCGUCCACCCGUACCGCGGGCUACGCCUCCUUGUCCUUGUCAGCGCUGCACCCGGCCAUGCCCGUCCUGUACAUGCUCAUGAUGUACAUUGGUGUCUUCCCCAUUGCCAUCUCCAUCCGCAAGACCAACGUCUACGAGGAAAAGUCCCUCGGCGUGUACCACCACAACAAGAACGACGACGAGGCGGGCGCAGCCAGCGAGGAGAAAAACACCGUCUCGUACGUGAGCACCCAUUUGCGCCGCCAGCUGUCCUUUGACCUGUGGUACGUCUUCCUGGGCUUCUUCCUCCUCGCUAUCACCGAGGGCGGCAAGCUCAAGCGGAACGACUUCUCCAUGUUUGACAUUUUGUUCGAGCUUGUCAGUGCCUACGGCACCGUCGGGCUCAGCAUGGGCGCCAAGGGCGUCAACACCUCGCUCUGCUCGCAAUUCAGCACCCUCGGCAAGCUCAUCAUCAUCGCCAUGGAGAUUCGCGGUCGCCAUCGUGGCCUGCCGUAUGGCCUCGAUCGUGCCGUCAUCCUCCCGAGCGAGUCUCGCUUCAAGGACAUGGCCGACAGCGAGGCACAGUCAACGACAGACUUCCCGCGGACCAACACCGGCGCCAGCCGCGCGGGCAGCACCCACGGCCGGGGCAGGAGUAUGAGUCGGGACAGGAACAGCCGCAUCAUCACCAAGAUGCUGCACCCGGGCCCCGUGGUGCCCCCCAACGUGGUGCACUCGCAUCGGCGGACCACGUCCAGUGGCUCCGAGGCCCUCUCCCACGCGUUCACAAACGGGUCUAGAAGACCGCAGUCGUUUCAUACCGCGGUGGAUGAGGACACGGACGAAGAGCGCGAUAACCUCGCGCCCCUGCGCAGCACAGAGUCGAACCGCGCGGCACCGCCCCGGCGCGCUGAUACGCUGCCGGUGACCAUGCCGAGCAAUUCGGCUUGGUAG